AUGGCGGCUCCUACAUCAUCUGAAUCACUCCAAAUCGUUCGUAUCGACCGGAUAUUGCCUGAUCAACCUGCAACCCGCGAAUUUACCACGCCACUGUCACUGCUAGAUGCAACAACCGCCAAAUUUAGCCUUACUAAUGCUAUAUGGCUCCUGGAAUGUCCAAAUGAUCGACUUGCUCCAAAAGAUGUUAUCGGCCACCUACGCGCAGCAUUUGGCGCGACCUUGAACACAUACCCGCAAUGGUGUGGAUUUCUCAAAAGCAUCGGUACCGUUGACAGCAAUGAAUCUACCCCAGAAACAGCGCGGUUUCCCACCCAUGCCAGACGCUACGGUCGGGUAUACGUAUACUAUGGGACAAGUGCAGACCCGGGAAUCGAAUUCGUGGAGGCGACAAGCCUGGCAACUGUAGACAGCCUUUACAAUGUUCAGUCUGCGAAGAGGCGACCUAUCUGGAACCGACUGGAGGAUGAGGUCACGCUUGCUCGAUUUGUACCGCAGACAGAUUUGGUUAAUGCGCUUCAAUCGAACGAGAAAGAUGCGAAUGGCUUGUACAAGCCGUGCAUGGCUGUGCAACUUACUCAGCUUGCUUGUGGUGGUUUCGUGAUAGCUGCGAAGAUCGCCCACCCGCUUGCAGAUAUCACGGCCCUUGCUCGUUUUGCACAGGAUUGGGCGAGUAAUUCACGUGCCAUGAUAUCGAAAGCACCCUUUCCAGCCCCAAGCUCAGUCUUCCAGCCUGAUCUUCUGGAUGUUUGUGCCGCGGGUGACAUCAAUGCCAGCGAGGCCAAUCCUACCAUUAUAGAAGAUGCACUUGCCCUUCCGCUGCAUAGAUACGACUGGUGGGCGCCGCCUAUGAAGCCUCCAGCACCCUUUUCCGCGGAUCUGCCUUCAGCGGGGAAGUCGCUCCCGUGGGCCGAAUGGAAUACGCAAGCGAAGGUAGAGCAGUACACGAUACAUUUGAACCAGAAGCAGAUCGAUUUUCUAUGGCGAUCUGCAACGCAAGACAGUUCCAACACAUCUUCAGGUUCGAAAAUCAGCAAGCACGACGCCGUGUUGGCCCAUAUCUGGUCGUGCGUGGUGCGCGCUCGUGGUCUUCAGGCGGACCAAGAACCCGUCCAUUGCGACCUCGUGCUUGGUACCCGACCAGCACUCAAGCUUGGUGCUAACUUCAUCGGAUCGCCAACCAUGAUGCUGAACAUUGAGUUGGCUGCUUCGCAAGUCGCUACGGCCUCGCUUGGGCAAAUCACACGGCGUAUACGCGAGACCCUGACGACAGUCAAUGAUGCGCAACGACUAGCGGCGCACCUCCACAGUAUUGCAUACGAAAAGUCGCCCCAGCGGAUCUGGCAGGGUUUUCUGGGCCAGCGGCACAUAAUGGUGACGACCUGGGCGCGAGCGGGCAUGUACGAAGUCGACUUUGGGUUUGGGUCACGCGUUCGCUACGCUGAUGGUGUUGUACCAUGCUUGGAUGGGUGCAUUCUCAUUAACGACGGGCCACCAAUGGAUUUCACAUCGUCUUCAAAUACGUCUCCAAGAACCUGGACAGAUAAUGGAGUUGAUGUGACGGUGCCGUUACUUCCUGAAGAUAUGCAACGCUUAUUAAAAGACCCGCUGCUUUUGCCGCAAGUAUAG